AACGCACAAUUAACUUUCUUAUUUAUAUAUGUUAAUGUUAAUGUUAAUAAUAAUAUACCCUUUACACAUGAAUACACACGUCCACAUAUCUCAUCGAGUCCCUUUUCAUUCUACAUUACGAUCUUCGAAUCUGAACGCAUUAUCUCCACCUUCAAUCGUCAGAUCUUUCUUGGAGAUUAUGCAACCUUCGGUUACCGUUAGGGUUUCAGGGAGUCAUCAAGAUAUGAUAACCGGUUUCGAUCCUCCACGUAAAAGAAAACAGCAAAACAACAUCAGCGACAACGUUAUCGAGUUAUCAUCCUCAGACUCAGAAGACGACGAAAACACGCCGUCAUGCAACAAUAAUCAUCAACAACAACUAGUACUUUACGAUCCCGGUGUGUCGUCCCCAGAUGAAGAUUUCCCGGUUCCAAUUUCGUAUAAACCUCCUCCACCGGUUAAACGAAUACUGCCAUCUGUGGGUGCUUUUACGGUUCAAUGUGCCAACUGUUUUAAAUGGAGGUUUAUUCCGACGAAACAGAGGUAUGAGGAGAUAAGGGAACAUAUUACAGAAAGGCCGUUUGUGUGUGCAACGGCUCAAGAGUGGCGCCCCGAUGUUUCGUGUGAUGAUCCACCUGAUAUCGAGCCCGAUGGAACCAGGCUUUGGGCCAUUGACAAGCCCAAUAUCGUGCAGCCCCCGCCUGGGUGGCAGAGGAGUCUCAGAAUUAGAGGAGAAGGCGGCACCAAGUUUGCUGAUAUAUAUUAUACGCCACCAGGAGGCAAAGUACUGCGGUCAAUACAUGAUGUUGAAAAGUACUUGAUUAAACAUCCAGAAUAUGUGGAACAAGGGGUGACGCUAGCGCAGUUUUCGUUUCAGGUUCCGAAACCGUUACAGGAGAAUUACGUUCGCAAACGUUCAUCUAGUGUGGCUGCAUUACCAGAUGGUAGUUUUACAAGAAUGCCUGAAUCUUUUGAGCCUUUCCCAGAGAAAGCAUUGGCAUUACCAGGCCCAGAGCCUAGCAUGAAUUUGCAGAUCGGUAUGAACCCGUCACCAAAAAGAGCAAGGAGUUCACCGAGUAAUCCAACACACAAUCUCGACUGGAUGUAUAUGCAUCAUCAUGACAUGUAGGCUAGGCAACUCACCUUGAAGACUUUAUUUUCUUAACUCAUUUUAGUUAUUUGUGAUUUUUCUGCUGGUGAAUGUAUUUUGGAAAAAAGAUCUAUUAUCGGCAUCAUAUUUGAAUUGUGUG